AUUAUCUACUUGACUGGACAGCCCCUUGUAAACUAGAUCUCUUGCGUUUUCUCAGUGGGCAUAACAAACAACUUCGGGCGGAGAGACCCGGGAGCAUGCAUUCCGCGGCGGUUUUCAGGCGGUGUCUGCUUGGGACCGUGGCAGCAGUGAGCAGGGGAGAAAGCUCUGUCUGACAGCAGCCAGCCAGCACCCACUACAGAAAUGGCGGAGGGGGAGUUGGAUGUGGACUCGCUGAUCGCCCGGCUAUUAGAAGUGCGCGGAUGUCGCCCGGGGAAGAUUGUGCAGAUGUCAGAAGCUGAGGUGAGGGGGCUCUGCAUCAAGUCCAGAGAGAUCUUCCUCAGCCAGCCCAUCCUGCUUGAGCUGGAGGCUCCCCUCAAAAUCUGUGGUGACAUCCAUGGCCAGUACACAGACCUGCUGAGGCUCUUUGAGUACGGGGGUUUCCCGCCCGAGGCCAACUACCUGUUCCUGGGGGACUACGUGGACCGAGGCAAGCAGUCUCUGGAGACCAUCUGUCUUCUGCUGGCCUACAAGAUCAAAUACCCCGAGAACUUCUUCCUGCUCAGGGGCAACCACGAGUGUGCCUCCAUCAACCGCAUCUAUGGCUUCUACGACGAGUGUAAGCGAAGAUUCAACAUAAAGCUGUGGAAGACAUUUACCGACUGCUUCAACUGUCUUCCCAUCGCCGCCAUUGUGGAUGAGAAGAUCUUCUGUUGCCAUGGAGGCCUCUCUCCAGACCUGCAGUCUAUGGAGCAGAUCCGUCGCAUCAUGAGACCUACAGACGUCCCUGACACAGGGUUGCUGUGUGACCUGCUGUGGUCAGACCCAGACAAAGAUGUUCAGGGCUGGGGGGAGAAUGACCGCGGUGUCUCGUUCACAUUUGGGGCUGACGUAGUCAGCAAGUUCCUCAAUCGCCACGAUCUGGACCUCAUUUGCAGAGCUCACCAGGUAGUGGAAGACGGUUAUGAGUUCUUUGCCAAACGACAGCUGGUGACUCUGUUCUCGGCGCCUAACUACUGUGGCGAGUUCGACAAUGCCGGUGGCAUGAUGAGUGUCGACGAGACCCUGAUGUGCUCCUUCCAGAUCCUGAAGCCCUCUGAGAAGAAAGCCAAAUACCAGUACGGAGGGAUGAACUCCGGACGUCCCGUCACCCCGCCCCGAACAGCCGUCCCACCAAAGAAACGGUGAGAGAGACGGGAGAGAGAGAAGUAACACGGAGGGACGUUGCGGAUGAGUAACGGUCCCCCAUUAUCCUUUCACCACGUAGAAACACUUAGCCUAAACUCAGACGAAGGAAACAUUUUUGAUUUUAUGAACAACCCUGCUACAAUUUUUUGAUGUUUUAGUUUUUUUUUUGUUCCACCCUCUGAACUGUCCUAUGUCGCACACCUCUCCUCCCCAGCGCUUUUUUUUCUUCAAGAAUCUGUGUAACCAACCACACCUGUUUUUUAAGUUGUGUAUGAAGGAAACAAAAAGAACGCAACAUGGUCAUUCUAUCUGAAUACGCAAGUGUUGUUUCCUCCUCUUCUGUUUUUGUUGUUGCUUUUAUUAUUUUUUUGGCUACUAGUUUCAGGUUACGUUUCACUCCUUCCCCACCUGUCCAAUCGGGACAAGGUGUUUAAUGACAGGUGUUUGACGACAGCUGGGUUUUCAAUAAAUAAAAUGGGGAAUAAACUAUU